CGUUGCUGAGCUUCUCAACAAGCCCCUCGCGCAGAUGAUGGGUGCCAAGUCUCUUCUCGUUGCCUCGCCCACUGGCGUCGUUAGUGGAGACGAGCUCGGGGUUGAUGCACUUACUCGCGUUCCUUCCCUCCUCAACGGAGGCCUUGAUGCCGUCUCUCCCUUGUACUGGGCCGGCGUGCUUGCAUUCUCUGCUGCUGUGGAGUUCUACGCUACCAAGAUCCAGAAGAGGGCGGGUUUCCGCGCCACCAUGGCGGCUCUUGGAGCGGAGGACAUCACUGGAAUUGACAUUGAUGGAGACGGUCAGGUCGGAGCUCCCAUCCUCCUCAAGGACGACAACUACCUUCCUGGAGAUCUCGGCUUCGACCCUCUCAACAUCUACAGGGGACUCGAUAACAAGGGAAAGAGGGACAUGCAGCUUAAGGAGCUCAACAAUGGCCGUCUUGCCAUGAUCGCCAUCACUGGAUAUGCGUUCAACGAGGCAGCCACCAAGAUCUCUGUCGUGCAGGAGCUUGGCCUUCCCCAGUAAGAAAUGUUUGAUACAGAUGUAUUGGUGUACAGUAAAGAUAAGCUCUUACCAA